CACACGUGUGGAAGAGGCUUGUUAUGACGGCGCCGUUGGAGCGAAGUAGUCGGUAGCGAUGAGCUCGCGGAAAGCUUUGCCUGGUGGUGAGGCGCAAGUUGUGGCAUCUGCGUCUGGGGCCGAGCCGUGUUUGUCUGACAGCGGGAGUGAGAGUGCCUGGGAGGAGGUCGAGGAGGACCCAGAGGGCCCUGCGUUGCAGGCUCGGUGUCUUUUCUGUGACAGGUGUUUCAGUUCACCCGAAGAUGUAUUUUGCCACUGUUCAUCCGACCACAGGUUCAGUAUUGAGACUAUGGUUCGUAAACAUGGACUUGAUUUUUAUGGAUAUAUCAAGCUAGUAAACUUCAUUAGAAUGGAAAAACCAACUCUAGAGUGUCUUACUUCAACCAGUGCACCUGCUCCCUGGGAAGGAGAGGAGUAUUUGAAGCCUGUGCUUGAAGAUGAUCCUUUACUCCAGUAUGAUAUAGAGGAUGUUACUGACUGUACCAAUACCUCUUAUCCUUAUGGGCUAAUUGAGUCUUCAUCUCUCCUGGAACGCUUGAAAUGUGCAGAGCAUAGAGCAGAGUUAGCAGAAGCUGCAUUGGCCAGAGCCCAGGAAGACCUUCAUAAAAUGAAACAAUUUGCACAGGAUUUUGUGAUGAAUGCAGAAGUCAGAAGCAACUCAGCAGCUAGUGCCAUUGCAGAUCUCCAGGAGAAUGAGGAGGAUGUUUAUUUCAGUUCUUAUGGGCACUACGGGAUACAUGAAGAGAUGAUAAAGGAUAAAGUGCGUACAGAAAGCUACCGUGACUUCAUAUAUCACAACCCCCACAUCUUUAGAGAUAAGAUCAUCUUAGAUGUUGGCUGUGGAACUGGAAUCCUUUCUAUGUUUGCUGCAAAAGCAGGUGCGAAGAAGGUCAUUGGAGUGGACCAGUCUGACAUUAUUUAUCAAGCCAUGGACAUCAUUAGACUCAAUGGACUUGACGAUACCAUUUCUUUAAUUAAAGGAAGAAUUGAAGAAGUUGAUUUGCCUGCUGAAAAAGUUGAUAUUAUAAUUUCUGAGUGGAUGGGAUAUUUCCUUCUUUUUGAGUCAAUGCUGGAUUCUGUGAUUUAUGCAAGGAACAAGUACCUGGGAAAAGGUGGUUCAGAAACCAAGGUUCAAAAAGGCUGGCAAUAUUGUUGCAGUUGUCUAGCAACCUCCAUAACAACUACAGAGACCUCAGGGCAGUCAUUUCUUAAAGUAUAUCCUGAUAUCUGUUCCAUAAGCUUGGUGGCUGUAGGUGACCUCAAUAAGCAUGCGGACAGGCUAGCUUUCUGGGAUGAUGUGUACGGCUUCAACAUGUCCUGUAUGAAGAAAGCUGUAAUUCCUGAAGCUGUUGUGGAUGUAUCAGAUUCAAGUACCCUUCUGUCUGAAAGUUGCGUCAUCAAGUGGAUAGACUGCAAUGUUGUAUCGGCUUCAGAACUGGAAUUUUCGUCUGAAUUCACUCUGACAGUUAUGAAGACUUCACUGUGUACGGCUAUUGCUGGAUACUUUGAUAUAUAUUUUGAGAAGAAUUGCAAUCAAAAAGUCUUGUUCUCAACUAGUCCUUGUAGUGCCAGAACACAUUGGAAACAAACCCUCUUUUUUCUGGAGAAUCCAAUUCAUGUGGGAAAAGGUGAAGAACUGAAAGGAAAGAUAACUAUCCACAAAAACAGAAAAGAUCCACGUUCACUCAUAAUAACCCUUUCAGUUAAAGAUGUGAAGCAGACAUACAGUCUUCAGUGAAGAUUACUCAACAACCAGCUUUUGCGAGAGAUGCCUUUAAAACAUGCCUCAUGUUUUCAGACACAUGCAUCUCAAUAAAAACUGAUUAUUUGGUUUAAAUUCA